AUGAUAGGAGGAAGUCCCAUCUUCAACUACCUCUCCGACGACCCGCAAGUUUAUAUCCUUCUCCUUAAAGAUUACAUCCGCCCCAACCGCGACAUCUGCACGCCCUGCAAAACCCGCUGUUGCGAGUCCUACAUUAAAACCGCCUCAGCCUCCGGCUUAGCUUGGAACCGGCUUUCCCCCGAUGACCGUCUCCGCCCCGCACAUACGCGUCUCGACGCCCAACUUGCGGCACUAGGAAUCACCGCAGACAACGCCUUCGGACUGGAUCUCUCCGAGGGGGAGGUGGAUAUGGUCUUCCAGCCUGCUGCUAGGCGCCUCACGAUUGACCGCGAGUGGGACGAAAUCGUUUCUAGUGUCGCGGCCAUGACUGCUUACCGCGGCCGCGCAAGACCGGACCGGUACGACGCUUCCAAGUCCCAACAUGGCACCGACCGCUAUGCGCUGGGGAAGAAGAUGAAGCAUAUGUGCUGGAGCCGGUUUACGGGUUACGACCUCGUCAGACCUAGAGGCGGGCAGAUUGAGUUCUGGCUGUUUAACCUCGGCCAGUUGUUAUCUGACGGGGCGGGCGCAUUCCUCUCCUCCUCCACGGCCUCCGCCGACGGCGUCGACAACAUGAAAGAAACAGAUUGCACCUGCCCGAUCUUUACCACCCUCUCCUCCCGACACCCCGACACUUUUUCGGGUUACGAAUGGAUCAACCUCGUUCUCUCCGUCGCCCGCUCACGCAUCUCUCCGGAUCUCCUCUCCGCUUGGUCAUAUCCUCUCUUCACCGAGGAUUUCACCCUCUCGUCUCCCUACCACCCCUUAUCCCCAGGGUACAACUGCGCCAAAGACAGAAGCUGGUAUCAAACCCCCCACGGCUACAGCCGCAUCAGACGGUACAUCCACGCCUCCAACGCCGACUUCCAGGGAGACAUAUGUAACACCGACCAGCGGGACCUGGAACUGUCCUUUCUCUUCGGGUUUGACGUACCCACCGGUUCUCAUCCCCUAAUUUAUUAUUACGCUAAAUAUUAUUUUCGAUAG